AUGGCUUCCCGAGCACCUCCCGCUGGCGCCCGCGGCACCAACACCCGUUUUGCGCAAUUCAAGCUGGUUCUUCUGGGCGAGUCUGCCGUUGGAAAGAGCUCAAUAGUUUUGCGAUUUGUCAAGGACCAAUUCGAUUCUUAUCGCGAGUCUACUAUCGGCGCUGCUUUCCUCACCCAAACCAUUUCGCUCGACGAGAACACCACUGUCAAGUUCGAGAUCUGGGAUACGGCCGGUCAGGAGCGCUACAAGUCGCUGGCUCCCAUGUACUACCGAAACGCCAACUGCGCUGUUGUUGUCUACGACAUCACCCAAUCCGCAUCACUAGACAAGGCAAAGGCGUGGGUCAAGGAGCUCCAACGCCAGGCAAACGAGAACAUCAUCAUCGCUCUUGCAGGAAACAAGCUGGAUUUGGUCACGGAGCAACCCGAUAAGCGUGCCAUCCCCACAGCCGACGCCGAGGCCUACGCCCGCGAGGCUGGCCUCCUCUUCUUCGAGACGUCGGCCAAGACAGCCGAGAACGUUGCGAACCUCUUCACAGCCAUCGCCAAGAAGCUUCCCCUGGACCAGGCCGGACCCCGACACGCUCGACCGGGCCAACGACCAGGAGUCAGUCUGGCUCCUGAGAAUUCCAACACCAACAUCAGCGGUCCCUGCGCCUGCUAA